AUCCGACGCAAUUGCCCUCCCCAAUCAACAUCAAUACCGCCCCCAGUUCUGAGCAGGGCUCCGAGAUGUUAAGAGCUCCCUUCUCCGCCUUCUCCUCUUUCCUUUUCACACAAUAUCUAUCAACAAGUGACUUCAUUCCUACAACCUCGUCUCGCAUCAGUUGGUCCUCCCUACAACACGAACCAGAAUCAAUAUUGAGAUACUCCGUACCUUAACGCCCUGCACUAUCUACAGAACCGUACACUCGGUGCCUUCUCAAGCUUCUAGAGCCGCGAUGGAAGCAAUAAUCGCGACGGUCACGUCCAAAGCCUUCUACAAGGGUUAUCUGUGCUGUCUGUAUCCAACGCGAUUGAAUUCCGUUCACCACUCGCUUCUCAUUUCCGAGCGCGCUGCGAACACCUUUCCUUCUUCACUUACCCUUCAACAGAGCAGAAACCUCACCACGACAGCUACGAACAGCCAAAAAGCUCUCGCGGAUAGCAUACCGGCUGGCAGGACAGAAUUGACUCCUCCCAGUCCUCCCACAAUACCGUCCCUCGCAGCCAUCAGCCCUCGCUUCCUCAACCACACUUCGCGACAGCUGCCGAACCUCCCCGAUUCUGUGGCACUACCACCACUCAGUACGAAUAAAUAAAUCACCUCAAUUCAUCCACCCCACGUAUGGAAUGCGCACCCGCAGACUAUGUCUCGAAA